GUCUCUCUGUCAUCUGUCUGUGUGAGAGUGAACAACAACAGUCUAAAUGGCUCAGCAGGGAGUUCUGCUGGACCAGGACCAGUUCUGUUGUUCUGUCUGUCUGGAACUACUGAAGGAGCCGGUGGCUAUUCCCUGUGGACACAGUUACUGUAGAAGCUGUAUUGAGGGCUACUGGGAUCAGGAUGAUCAGGGCAUCUACACCUGUCCUCAGUGCAAUCAGACCUUCACUCCAAGGCCUACUCUGAGGAUAAAUAACAUGUUGGCUGAGGUGGUGGAGACACUGAAGAAGACAGGACUCCAGGCUGCUCCCCCUGCUCUGUGCUAUGCUGGACCUGGAGAUGUGGCGUGUGAUUUCUGCACUGGGACCAGAAAGCAGAAAGCCCUCAUGUCCUGUCUGAUGUGUCUGGUGUCUUACUGUGAGACUCACCUCCAGCCUCACUAUGAUGUUCCUGUACUAAAGAAACACAAGCUGGUCAACUGUCGCUCUGCAAAUGCAGCAGUGGAUGACAGUGAGAGUAUCUUUACUGAGCUGAUCCGCUCCAUGGAGGAAAGGCGCUCUGAGGUGAAGGAGCUGAUCAGAGCCCAGGAGAAGGCUGAAGUGAGUCGAGCUGAAGGUCUACUGGAGCAACUGGAACAGGAGAUAGUUGAGCUGAGGAGGAGAGAUGCUGAGCUGGAGCAACUCUCACACACAGAGGAUCACAUCCAUUUCCUUCAGGUGACUAUACUGCCUUGUUACAUGUGGCCUUAUACUGUCUUGUUACAUUAUGAAAUGUAAUAUCUUAUUACAGGUUACA